AUGGCGCACCCUACCGCGACAAACUGGACUGCCGAGGUCGGCGCCGACAUCGCGAUCCUUCACGUGAUCCCGCUACUCGAGCGCGACUUGCCCGGGCAAGUCUUUGUCCUCGGCGGGCUACAGGCGAUUGCCCUUCAUGCGCAAGCUCUCAGCGAGAGGAGGAAACGCGAGAUCUCGGCGGCGCUGCCGCAGCGUGCUCUGCCCACCAACGAGCUCCCCAUCAUCGUGCACAUGCCGCCCACGCCCGACAGGGUCGACCAAGUUCCUGCCUCGUUCUCGUCGGAGCCUUCCGGCGUUCCGCCUUUCCAGACGUCGACUUUCCAGAACAUGCACGGCGGCGUCGAGUACCUCGGCCACGUCAAGUUCUCGAGUCGGCUCGGCACGCCCAACAUUGCCGUUCAGGAGUUCGUGGGCACCAUGGACACGAAGGGGCGCGAGUACUACUACCUGCGGCCGGGCGCUGUCGUCGUCGAGCAGCUUGCGCUCGCAGCGUCGAGCGUAGCUCUGCAUCCGGCCCACGAGCGGCACGCCAUCUGCGCAGCGCUGCGCACCAUUCGCUACGCCUGGCACGUCCUGCACGCCAAGUCGAUGUCCCCCGGCGUACAGGCGACGCGGCAAGGACCUCACGUCCCGCGCGACUUUGCGAGGGAAACGAUGGCCGACGCGCUCAUGAGCCUGCUCUUUCCCGACUACGACGACGACGAUCGCGCUCGCCCCAGCGGCGCACCUCCCGUCGUGCCGGCCGGGCAUCAGUCGCUCGUCGAGUGGUGGAUCGAGAAGCUGCGGCAUCGGCGCGACGGCGACAUCGUCCACCAGGUCGUGUCGUGGGAGCACGCGUCGCCGCUCGGCAACGACGAGCGACCGUGGCUUACGCUCGGCGACGAGUACAGCCGGCUUCGAGACGAUCUCCUCGAUGUCCUACGAGAAGUCCUUCGAGCGGCCCCUGCCGUCGUCGUUUGA